GGCGAAUUUUCUAGAUGCCCAAACCACCCUCCUCUUCAUUCUUCCCAUAAUAAUUCAAGGUCAAACCUGUUCUUCUCCGCCGGCCCCUUCAGAUCUGUCUCUCUCUUUCUCCCUUAAGAUUUGUGCAACCUUGUGUGGAGAGAGAAUAGUCGAAGCUUGGCUUUUGAUAAGGGAAGUUUGACUUCUUCGGCAUUCAUAUAAUUGUUACAAGAUGUGCACUUCUGGUCAUCAUCAUACCAAAAUGCAGAAUUUUUGUUGUCAUUUGCAUUUGAAUGGACGCCAAGAAAUUUAUACAAUUGGUGGAGGAGAAAAAGAAGAGGGCUUUGGAGAAGAACGAAGCUCGGUUGAAAUGGGAGGAGAAGCUUGAAGCGGUGGCAGCAAAGGGGUGGGCAGAUGCUAAAGCCAAAGAGAAGAAGGUGAAAGCUUCAAAGAACAAGAGGAGAUCCGACUCGGAAUCUGAUAGUGACGGUGAAAGUGAUGGCGGUAGAAAAGCCGUGAAAAGGUCUCACAAGAGGCAUAAAAGGCACCACCACCAUCAUCACUCUUCUGAUGACGAAGAUGACAACAAUGGGACGAGGCGACACCACAAAAAGCAUCACAAGCGUCAUCGGCGAUCACAUUCUUCUGGCGGCUCGGAAUCUUCUAGCGAUGACGAUGACGGUGCUGGGAGAAGAAGACACCACGCUAAGCAUCACAGGCAUCAUCAGCGUCGCAGGCAAGUGGACUCGAGUGCUUCCGAUGAGGACCAUCAUAAGAGAGGUAGUCAUGGAAGGCACCGCAGCAGCAAGCAUCACCACCACCGCUCUCACAGUCACGAUUCAACAUCAUCGGACACUGAACGGGACAGAAGUAGAUCCCUAAGCAAGUCAGGUGAUGAAAUCGAUGAAUCUGACAGGAACGAGAAGCAGCACAAGAAGAAUCAUCAUCAUCAUCACCGUCAUGGGCAUCGCCAUAACAGCCAUAAACAACAGCAACAGGAGCAGGAACCUGAUGAUAAUAAACAGCAUGAGUCAGAGUGAGUGGAUGCUUAGGGGUCUCUCUGCUAAUUCACAUGUUCACUGCUUUUUUAUUCAUCACCAAACUCUUCACCAUUGACAUGUUGUGUAUUUCUGCUUCCUUUAUUAAUUUGUACUAUUUGGAGACAUUA